GUCAAACACAGUGGACCGGCUUAAGUUGAUCGCUGAAAUUCGUAAUAGACCACAACUGUGGAAUACGGAGAGCAAAGAGAAUAGUUCUCGUGUAUGUGUACAAUAUAUUUGGAAAGAAGUGGCAAAGAGUGUGGGGCCAUAUGCGUAGAGGAAUGCAAACGUGUUUGGAAAAACUUACGUGAUGCUUAUCGGGCUGAAGUUAAACGUAUAGAGCUGCGUAUAGAAAAGGACAUACGUAAGGGCUCGUAUGAUCCUAAUAGUGAUUAUAGCAGUAAAUGGUCUUAUUUCGAGGCCAUGCAAUUUAUUAAACACCACGACGUAGUAGAACUCAUAAAACUCCGGAUUCAUCGACAAAUGAACCGGUUAGUGGGGUAAAUUCUGAUAACGAUGAUUCCGAUCAA